ACACAACCCCCCCCGCAACCACGGUUUCGUUUCGCAAUUGAGUCAGAAACACACACAUGACUAAUCACAUGAUUUCUUUCACACGGGGGUCGUGUUGAUAAAAGCCCCAGCAAGUCGCACACCGCAUAAGCUCUCUCUCUCUCUCUCUCCUCCAGAAUGAAGUGCCUGGUUUUGCUAGCCUCAGCACUGGCUGUGUGCUGGGCUCGUCCACAUCUACGCCCGCUCUCUCACGAGAUGGUCAACUACAUCAACAAAGCAAACACGACAUGGACGGCUGGACAUAACUUUGGCGACGUAGAUUACAGCUAUGUGAAGCAGUUGUGUGGAACAAUGCUUAAAGGACCGAAACUUCCAGUCAUGGUUCAGUACGCUGGAGAAAUGAACCUUCCAAAGAAUUUUGAUCCCAGAGAGCAGUGGCCUAACUGCCCAACUCUAAAAGAAAUCCGAGACCAGGGUUCAUGCGGGUCGUGCUGGGCUUUUGGCGCAGCUGAAGCGAUCUCUGACAGAAUCUGUAUCCAUAGUGAUGGCAAAGUGAGCCUUGAGAUCUCUUCUGAGGACCUGCUGACCUGCUGCUCUGACUGUGGGAUGGGAUGUAAUGGUGGAUAUCCUUCUGCUGCUUGGGAUUUCUGGACUACUGAGGGUCUAGUGACUGGUGGACUGUACGACUCUCACAUAGGCUGCCGACCAUACACCAUUGAACCCUGUGAGCAUCACAUAAACGGUUCUCGUCCUCCUUGCACUGGGGAAGGCGGAGACACGCCAAGCUGUGACGAAAAAUGCGAACCCGGCUACAGUCUCUCUUACACGCAGGACAAGCACUUCGGAAAACAAGCCUACAGUGUUCCAUCUGAAGAGACGCAGAUAAUGCAGGAGCUGUACAAGAAUGGCCCAGUGGAGGGAGCGUUCACCGUAUAUGAGGACUUUCUUCUGUAUAAGUCUGGUGUUUAUAAACACGUUACUGGUUCUGCAGUGGGAGGUCAUGCCAUCAAGAUCCUAGGCUGGGGAGAAGAAAACGGAACUCCUUACUGGCUGGCUGCUAACUCGUGGAACACCGAUUGGGGUGAUAACGGUUAUUUCAAGAUCCUGAGAGGUGUGAACCACUGUGGCAUAGAGUCUGAGAUUGUGGCUGGUAUCCCCAAGUAGCUCUUUAUGCAGGUGGAAAAGAAACUGAAAUGAGAAAUCUGACCUUCAACAAAUGGUCAAAUAUGCCAUGUUGGGGGGGGGGGGGGGGGGUGAUAGAUUUUACAGUAUAAAUUUUUUUUUAAUUGGAGCAUUUUAAUGUUUGUUCACUACUUUUGAACCAACUUUUAGAUUGUUUUCUGUUUUGCUUUAAUAAAUUCCCAUUGUUUUUGAUUUCAUUAUUUUGUUUUAAAAGUGAUUUUUCUGCAGAUGUUUCAAAUAAAAUAUCGAAUCCUGUUUCUUAAACAAAUUAUGACUGUUUUAUAUAUCUAGAUUUAUCUUUUAAUAGAUUUUUGCAGGACAUCAACUUGCAUUAAAUCUGGUAAAACUUUACAGGCUUUGCUUUUCGAAUGCUCUUCUGAAAAGAGCAUGGAUAUUGCUAGCUAAUUGAAUAGCUACACAGGUGACUUAUGUCCCAUUUUAAUUUGAAGAGCUCAAAACGGAGCAGCAAGACCAUGUAUGUUCAGGAACCGUGGCUAUGCUAACAUUUUAAAGCCAACGUUUCAGAUUCUACAUUGUUCCUUAACAUGGAACGCUUUGAUUUGUGAUGGACAGUGAAACACAUUUGCUUGCUUGACCUAAUAUGUAACCCAUUUAUAGACUGCAGAUGUCAAAUAACAGGAAGUGAGUUGUGAGCGUCUGGCUGGUUUAUUAUGGUGCAUAUGGCCUUUUAUUCAUUUUUUUUUUUCUUGAUGAACAGGAGUGGACAAAGUGGAAGUGUGUGAAAAUCUUGGUGAAUUGAAUUAAAAGUUCCCAGCCAAAAAAAA